AUGAAUAACAUAUUAUAUAGGUCCAUUGGAUCACCUUCAUCAACAUCUACAUUGAUCAAACAACGUCUUUUACAACAAUCAUCAUCAGCAUCAUCACAACAUUGUAGUAGUGGAUGUUUAGUAUUGACAAGGAAUGCUUCAACUGCAACAGCUGCUGCUUCAUCAACAUCAACGACAUCAGCAUUGAUAGAUGAUAUUGUAAUGGCUGAAUCAAAGAGGAAUAAAACACGCAAGCCUCCAACAAACAAGUCGUCAAGUACUCCAAAGUUUACAAAGAAGCAACAACAACAGCAACAGCAACAGCAGCAACAGCAAUUACAAUUCACUGCUCAAGAACAACAACUACAACAACAACUACAACUACAACAACAACAAUUACUACAGAAGCAAGAAGAGAUAUCAUCACAUCAAGAGACACAGCUACAACAACAAUCACAUCAACAAUCACAUCCGCAACAACAACAACAGUCAUAUCAACAACAAUCACAACCGACACAUCAUCAAACUUAUCAAACUCAUCCUCAUCAACCUCACCAGCCUCACCAACAUCAUCAACAAUGGGUGCAAGAUACAUCUCCACCAGGCUCUAAAGCCCAGCAGACUAUUGAAGAUCAAGAUGAAGGAUUCGAAUUGUUGACCAGGAAGGAUAUCCUGGAACUCAUCGAGCUUGAAUAUGUCCAAGGUUCCAUUCAAUUCGUCAAAGCCUUCCUCUCGGCAAUCAAAUAUGGCAACCAAGAUAUCUACGAGGAUAUAUAUAAGUGGAUUGUAAAGAUGGAUAUUGUCGAUACAGAGGUGUAUAAUAUACUGCUCGAGUAUUAUAUCGAUAUCCAGAAGGACGCCAAACGCAUCAAGCAGCUGCUGGCCCACAUGAAACAACCGGCACAAAUGUCCAUAAUGGACAUCAACACAAUGCACAUUCUGCUGCGACACUACCAUGCCGUGGGCGACAACGCCGAGAUGCUGGCGCUGUUUGAGGCGCUCAAGGACAAGUCGUUCGUGCCCAACGACGACACUAUCUCGGUGAUACUCAGCUGCUUUGGCAGCCAGUUCAAGGACAACGAGCGCCUGUUCCAGCGCUGCUUCUACUACCUCAUCAGCUGGGCCGACAUGCGCACCACGGUCAACUUCAACCUGUUCAUCGCCAACGCCAUGGUCCACGACGACCUGCGCUCCGUCAAAUUCAUCUACGCCAAGAUGUACGAGUACGACGUGCAGGCCUCCAUCGACACCUACUACCUGCUCGUGUCGAUGUACAGCAGGCUGGGCAACUUCAAUACGGCCAAGGACAUCAUCCGUCGUGUGCCCUUUGCUCUGGGCCCAUCCGACACCCUAUACUCUGCGCUAAUCAAGUCGUACAUCGAUCACAACCAGGUGGAGAACGCGCUGACCUAUGUGCUGGAGGUGCUGGGUGCCGCCAAGGACCCAGCCAAGGCCGAGCCACUGGGCGUCCUUGUGUACGGCCUGCUGAGCGCCGGCAUGGACCAGCAGUUGAAGCAACUGAUCGCCGUGCUAGAGAAGAAUCAGAUGCUGAACCUGACAUCGUACAAUGUGAUCCUGCGACAGCUCUCGCUCCUGCGUGGCAAGGAGGAGUACCUGGAGGUGUACAUCAAGAUGAUCGCGACGAUCCGUCCCACGUUCCUGACGUUCCGCUCGCUGAUCAACGUGGUGAUCAAGUGCAAUGACCUCGAGGGAUGCAAGAUCCUCGAGCAACAGAUUCUGGGCGAGUUCCACGACUUCAAGGUGGCACUGUUCCGCGACAUUGUCAAGUUCUACUUUGCGCAUCAGGACUUUGAGGCGCUGAACGACACGAUCCUCUACGUGUUCCAGGCGGGUAAUGAAGUUCCCAACGGCAUCAAUCACAUCUUUGUUCAUCUCGAGGUGGAGAACAACGAGCCUCUGCUCGAGUACCUCAUCGCCAAGCUGAACGAGUGUCCACGCGCCUUUGUCUCGAUCCACAUCACCAAGAUCAUUCAGCUGCUGCUCGUAACGGGCAACUACCAAAAGGCGCUCAAGUGGCUGGACAUGCGCCAGAACAUCUUUGGCAUCAACAUCGACUCGUUCGCCAUCCUACCCUUCUUCUACUUCCACAAGCUGCGCGGCGAGUAUGAUCUCUGCGAGUACUGGUUCAAGAAAGCGGCCGACAACAACAUCAACCUGAACGUGCCCCAGGCGUUCGAGGCCUACUUCAAGAACAACCUCAGCACGGACGGCACGUUCCUCGACUGGAUGACGCACGCUGAGGGUGAGCCAUUCGAGGAGUUGUACAAGCGUAUCAACCGUCCCGAGAAUCUCUACUUGAAGAACUACAAGAACACACAGCAGGAGGGUCAGUUCGUGCAGAGGAGCUACAACCCACAGGACAGAGACUGCUACGAGAACAUUGAGAUUGAUAAUAUGUACCAGGGUCUCAUCAAGCAGUCACAUGCUCACCAGCAGGGCCAUAUGAAGAACAAGAAGAAGCAUCAAAAGAGAGGAGAGAGCGAGAGCGAGGUGUUGGCCGAGCUAAGUACGACUGGCACUGGCCAGCAGAGAGUGGCACACCUCGAGUUUGCCGGCCGCAUUUCACAUCUGCUCAAGAACUCGCAGGUCCAGGAGGCCACCAGCGAGAUGGACGCACGCUUCGACGCCAACCAGCCAGACAGGAAUGGAUGCAUCGAGUUGAUCAACUACUUCAUGGGCCUCAACGACGAGGCCAACGCCAGGAAGUACUUUGUGCGCUUGGCUGAGCACAAGAUCAGCACGCCGCCUUCGACCACGCAGCGUCUGUUGCGUCUGACCUACAGCAUGGGCACGAUGGAUGAGUUUGUCAACUCGUUGACACCAGAGAAGCGUCCCAGCGACUUUGAGUCCAGAUACCUGCAGUUCUUGAUUGGCGCAGACUUUGAGCGUGGACUGCGAGAGCUUCAAGACUCUGCGCGCGAGGAGCUACUGCUGUUCAACCCACACUUCAAGAACGCACUGACACUUGGCUUCAUGCAGACGCGCAAUGUGCCAAUGGCCGAGCGCGUCAUCGAGUCAUUGAUCCGAGGCAACAUCAGUAUUACAUCACAGGUGGUCCACGAGUAUGUCAGCCAUGCCGUUUCCGACAUAUCGAUUAAAAAGCAGAGAUAUCUGGAACGUCAAUUACAACAACAACAAGAUCAACUGGAACAAGGAGUCCAAUUACAAGAACAACAAGAGCAUCAAAUGUCCGAGAUGGAUAUGAUGUUGGGAUUCAAUCCAAGCACAUUGGUUGGCAUCAAGGGAUACCUGCGAGCACGUUCAAUAGCACCGCCACACGACAUUGACAAGGUGUUGAAGGAUCUCAAAUCGUUUCAGAAUCAACAAAUAACAAUCAAGUGA